GGGGCGGCCGGCGGGCGGCCGGGGCCGGGACGAUGACUCUGGAGUCCAUGAUGGCGUGUUGCCUGAGCGAUGAGGUGAAGGAGUCCAAGCGGAUCAACGCCGAGAUCGAGAAGCAGCUGCGGCGGGACAAGCGCGACGCCCGGCGCGAGCUCAAGCUGCUGCUGCUCGGCACGGGCGAGAGCGGGAAGAGCACGUUCAUCAAGCAGAUGCGCAUCAUCCACGGGGCGGGCUACUCGGAGGAGGACAAGCGGGGCUUCACCAAGCUCGUGUAUCAGAACAUCUUCACCGCCAUGCAGGCCAUGAUCCGCGCCAUGGAGACCCUGAAGAUCCUGUACAAGUACGAGCAGAACAAGGCCAACGCGCUCCUGAUCCGUGAGGUCGAUGUGGAGAAGGUGACGACGUUCGAGCACCGGUAUGUCCACGCCAUCAAGACCCUGUGGGAGGACCCUGGCAUCCAGGAGUGCUACGACCGGAGACGCGAGUAUCAGCUCUCGGACUCCGCCAAGUACUACCUGGCCGACGUGGACCGCAUUGCCACCUCGGGCUACCUGCCCACCCAGCAGGACGUGCUGCGGGUCCGAGUGCCCACCACCGGCAUCAUCGAGUACCCUUUCGACCUGGAGAACAUCAUCUUCAGGAUGGUGGACGUGGGGGGGCAGCGGUCGGAGCGGAGGAAGUGGAUCCACUGCUUUGAGAACGUGACGUCCAUCAUGUUCCUCGUGGCCCUGAGUGAGUACGACCAAGUGCUGGUGGAGUCGGACAACGAGAACCGCAUGGAGGAGAGCAAAGCCCUGUUCCGGACCAUCAUCACCUACCCCUGGUUCCAGAACUCCUCGGUCAUCCUGUUCCUCAACAAGAAGGACCUGCUGGAGGACAAGAUCCUGCACUCCCACCUGGUGGACUACUUCCCGGAGUUCGACGGGCCGCAGCGGGACGCCCAGGCCGCCCGGGAGUUCAUCCUGAAGAUGUUCGUGGACCUGAACCCCGACAGCGACAAGAUCAUCUACUCCCAUUUCACAUGCGCCACCGACACGGAGAACAUCCGCUUCGUGUUCGCGGCCGUCAAGGACACCAUCCUGCAGCUCAACCUGAAGGAGUACAACCUCGUGUGACCUCGCCGCGGCCGCCCGAGGGAAGAGGGGGAGCCCCAGGCGGGCCCCUCCUUGGGGCGCCGUGCCCGGCCGGCUGUCCCGGCUCCGCCCGCAGACCGGUUGAUUUCGUUUUCAUAUUUUUAACAAAUGGUUUUUAUUUCACAGUUAUCAGGGGACGUACGUCUUUCUUUCUUACACCUCGUGCACCUUCUCACCUGUGUCAGCGGCAAGGCCGCCUUUUCUUGGCCUUGACUCGGGGCUCGCUUUUUUCUAAAAAAAUAAAACAAGAAAAAAAGAAAAAAAAAGGAAACAGAAGAACGGAUGGAGACAAGUGGAGACGAGCGGCCCCGGGCCGGCGGCCUCCCGGCGGUCACGCGGGGACAGAGCCAGCCGCCGGCCUCGGACUCCCCGGCUUGCCCUCCCCUCGUUUCUCGGUCGUUCCCCUCACAGGCGCGGCGGCGGCGGCGGCGGCGGCGGAGGCCUGGGGACUGUGACUUCUCUCUCUUUCUCUUCCUAAGUUAUUGACACCCUGGACUCCAAGAAGUGGGGGUGGGUGGCGCCCCCCGCUGCCCGCCCUGGGAAGUGCCUAACCUUUUUUUUUUUUUUUUUUUU